AUGGAAACCAACUUCUCCAUGCCUCUGAAUGGAUCUGGUGAGGGGCCCCAUGAGCCUCCUGGCUACGCUGUUGUGAAUAUCCUCUCAUUGGUGGUGCUUGGGGUCACUUUUGUCCUCGGCAUCCUGGGCAACGGGCUUGUGAUCUGGGUGGCUGGAUUCCGGAUGGCACGCACAGUCACCACCCUCUUUUACCUGAACCUGGCCAUAGCUGACUUCUCUUUUUCUGCUUCUGUCCCAUUCAUUUUUGUCUCAAUGGUCAUGGAAGAUCAAUGGCCUUUUGGCUGGUUCUUGUGCAAGUUAGUUAAUGGUGUGGCGGACAUCAACCUGUUUGGAAGUGUCUUCCUAAUUGCUUUCAUUGCUCUAGACCGCUGUAUUUGUGUCCUGCAUCCCGUCUGGGCCCAGAACCAUCGCACUGUAAGUCUGGCUAAAAAAGUGAUCAUCGGACCCUGGAUUGUUGCUCUAGUCCUUACCUUGCAAGUUUUCAUCUUCGUGAAAACAGUAACGGAUGUGGAUGGAAACACAUACUGUACUUUCAACUUUAGAUCCUGGGGUAAUACCAUGGAUGAGAUGGUUAAGGUGGCCAUCACCGUGUUGACGGUCAGAGGGAUCAUCCGGUUUAUCAUUGGCUUCAGUAUGCCAAUGUCUAUCGUUGCUAUCUGCUAUGGGCUCAUUGCUGCCAAGAUGUACAAAAAUGUCAUGAUUAAAUCCAAUCGCACCUUACGGGUCCUCACUGCUGUUGUGGCUUCCUUCUUUCUCUGUUGGUUCCCCUAUCAGCUGGUUGCCCUUCUGGACACAGUCUGGGUCAAGGAGAUAUAUAUUGAAGGUCAGGACACAAUCAUUACUCACCUGAUUAACCCAACGAGCUCCCUGGCCUUCUUCAACAGCUGCCUCAACCCAAUACUCUAUGUCUUCAUGGGUCGAGACUUCCGAAAGAGACUGAUCCACUCCCUGCCAGCCAGUCUGGAGAGGGCCCUGAGCGAGGACUCAGCCCAGACCACUAACACAACAACCAAGUCUUCCUCUCCUUCAGAAGUCCAGUUACAGGCAAUGUAAGGAGGCCUGGGGGACAUUUUUGAGCUCUGCCUUCUCCUACCUUGCUCCCAGUUCCAGCUUCACCUUACCUUGGGUCAUCCUGAGCCACUCAACAUGAAAAAUACUUUGGGGCCCUCUGAUUUUGGGGGAAGAAGGACAUAAGGACACCAUUGGUGUCAUUUUUUGUUUUUGGACCUCAGCCUAUAUACUCCGGUGUCAGUGGAGGUGGGAAAUGAGAACAAGAGAAAGAGUGUUGGGGAAUUUGUAAAGCUUAGAUAAAAGAGUCUAUUAAGGGAGAAACUUUAUUAUUUCACCAUGAAGUAAGACGUUUGCUGUAGGGUUUUUUUUAAGCUAUUUUUUUUUUG